AUGAACUCGUCGCGCUCGUACACCUCGGCGUCGCCACCCUCCUGCGGGUUGCGCCUGUUGCUGUCCUUGACGGCAUGCAACUCGGCGGCACGGACCUUCAUGUCGGCCUCGAGACGGGACACGUACUCAGGCGUGAUGACCAGAGCGUUGCGGGCCUCGUCCAGCGUAUUCUUGCAGUCCUCACGGUGCUCAUCGAACAGCUUGCAGUCGGAAUCGCGGUCCUCCGUAAGAGCAGCGCGCUUGAACAGAAGCAUGGUCUGCGACUUGGUAUGGCGGGAAAACUGGUCGCUAAAGACGUCUGUGCGCUUCUUGCCGCGCGUGAUGCGGGCGUCGUGCUCAUCCAGACGCGACUUGGUGAUCGCGUACGGGCGUUAA